UUCGUUGAUUCAUCGCUCAUCGCUUCGUAUAUGAUAUUCUGAAGAUUAGGAACAGCUGAAGAGAAUAACAUCACAGCCAUUACAUAUACUAUUACCAACACACCUGCAAAAUGCUCUCUAAAUUCAAUCUUCUCUUUGCUUUCCUUGUCUUUUGGACAAAAAUGCAUGUGGCACAUUCAAAAUCCCCGGAAAUGACUGUUAGUAUCGAUCCUGGAGUAGAAGAGUGCUUCUUUCACAACCUCAAAUUUGGAUCGUCCGUCGAUAUCGAGUACCAGGUCAUCGAUGGUGGUCAGGGAGAACUCGACAUCAAUUUUAAUUUGUGGUCGCCUUCUAGCCGUUUAAUUGUUGCAGAUUUCAAGAAAUCAGAAAACACUCACAGACACACUGUCCAAGAAGAUGGUGACUACAAGUUCUGCUGGGACAACUCAUUUAGUAGCUACAACAGUAAAACCGUGUUUUUUGAAAUUCUGGUUGAUACUGAUGGCGAAUUGGAUGACUGGAACUGGGACGAAGAAGUCGGACUAACGGCUGAAGAUGUUUAUGAGAUCAAAGUUCAAGACAUUCAAGAAGCGAUAAAUCGAGUUCACUCGCACCUGACAAAGGUGCGUCACACUCAGGACCAGAUCAGGGCUCAUGAAGCCAGGGACCGGAAUGUUGCUGAGAGCAUAUUCUCAAUGGUUAACAAUUGGUCUAUGAUCCAGAUUAUCGUCAUGCUUGCUGUUGGCGCCGUGCAGGUUAUCAUGGUUAGGAGCCUCUUUGAUGAUUCUUCCCGUGUGCACAAGCUGUGGAAAAAGGCUGAGAUGCAAGCCUCCUCCUACAUGCAUUUUAAUUGAGAGACUUGCUGAAAUUACUUCUCAGUUUUGGAUUGUUUGAAAUAUUUUUUUGCGUGACCCGUAAUUUCAGUUCAGCUCUGUUUGCAACAAUACCAGUUUUUAAUAGUUCCUUACUUUGUUGACAAAAGUUGCUAAAGUUAAUUUCUCAACCAACUAUCACUCUAAAGGUUCACGCAUGGUCAGUUAAUUAAUAAGUUCUGAGUGCCUGCACAAAUAUUCAGCUAGUCAUAAGAUGCUAAACACUUGGCCAAUUUUUGCCGGAGCAUUGCCGAAAGAAUCCGAGUUCCUCUGUGCGUUUUAGAGGGCUAUCGUAAUAAAAGUGCAAAUCUCACAAAAUGUUGCUCCUUGAAACUGCCAUUUUCAUGCUGAGAUCAUUAAUACCAUACCAAAGGCUGAAUUCAAUGAGGUUAUCAGCAAACACCACCUUUGUACGUUUUAGAUAUAUUAGGUUGACAAUGAAUACAAGCAUAAUUGUGAUAUAAAAUAUUAUGAACAGCUAUAAAUUUGUAAUUUUCAUGUGUACUAGAUCAAUUCUUGAGAAAAUGAAUGGGCUGAAUCAAUAAUAAAAUGUCCUCUAAAAUUAAAAAAAAA